AUGCUGAAGAAUCUGAAUCGUUCUGGAAAUAAUCUUUUAAACAUUAUUAUUUUGGACGCUUGUCGAUUUGAUGAAGACAAUGAUACUUGGAGAAUAAAAGCUAGUAGUAAACUAGCAAAUCUUAAACCAGCAUUUGGUAAAGCAUUAACGUCACAUGUGAACAUACCACAAGAAUCACAAUUUGCUUUGAUAUUUUCAUCUGAUCCUGGUACAAUAUCUUAUGCUGGUGAAGAAGGUGGAAAUAGUUUCUUUACAUCGGUACUGUUAAAUCAUUUAGCAGCACCACAAUUAGAACUUGAUGGUAUGAUGAAGCAAGUUAGAAAAGAAAUGUUACAAAAUUCACUGGGUCAACAACGACCAUGGAUUCAUUCAUGUUUAACAGAAGAUUUUUAUUUCAAUCAAGUUAUUCCCAAUAUUCCAGUUGAUGCUCGAUGGUCACAGAAUGGAGAGACUGUUGCUGGAGGAAAUGGAGAAGGUAAUGCCACCAAUCAAUUCUACCAUCCUGAAGGUCUCUUCAUUCAGGAUGAUCAAAUAAUGAUCAUCACAGACUCGUUCAAUCAUCGUAUCGUUCAAUGGAAGAUGGGUGAUAGGAAUGGUAAAGUGUUAGUUGGUGGAGAAAGCUACGGAAAUCGAUUGGAUCAAUUGAAUCGUCCAACCGAUGCGCUAAUCGACAAAGAGACUAAUAGUCUCAUUAUCUGCGAUAGGGAAAAUAAACGAGUUGUACGAUGGUCUCGUCGUAUUGACACAACUGAAGGUAAAAUCCUCAUUGACAACAUCUAUUGUUGGGGAUUGUUCAUGGAUGAUCAGAGAUAUCUCUACGUCUCUGACACUAAAAAACAUGAAGUAAAACGAUAUCAAGUAGGAGAUAAGAGUGGAAAUAUCGUAGCCGGUGGGAAUGGCAAAGGUAGUGAUCUCAAUCAACUUAACUUUCCGGCCUACCUCUUUGUCGAUCAACAACAGAAUGUCUGCGUGUCAGACUGGAGCAAUCAUCGUGUGAUGAAAUGGAAUAAAGGUGCAAAAGAAGGCAUUGUCGUCGCUGGGGGCCAAGGUCGAGGGAAUGCUCUGGAACAAUUAGAUGGUCCUAAUGGACUUUUCGUCGAUAUGUUGGGUACCAUUUAUGUGGCAGAUUCUGGGAAUCAUCGGGUGAUGAGUUGGCCUAAAGAUGCAAAACAGGGCGCUAUCAUUGUGGGUGGAAAUGGUGAAGGAGCAAGAGCAAAUCAGUUCAAUCGUCUCAGUGGUUUAUCCUUCAAUCGACAGGCUGAUCUCUUUGCCAUCGAUUUCAAUAAUAAUCGAAUUCAAUUUUUUUCUAUUCAAUAA